GCCAGUUCAAGUAAAAUUCCUUUUGUUCCCAGUGUCUAAGAGAAGAAAAGAAUGAUGUUCUUGAAUGCUUACAAUUGUUAGACAUCACCAAAAAUAAUUGUGAACACGCCAUUUUUAACACAACUGUUUAAUGUAUAGUUUUUUAUUUACGUAAUGUUAGGGUGCGACUAUGCGACGCGAAUUUAGUAGCGAGCGAGAGGUUGCGAGCGAUAUAGUUCUCGCAAAGGAAAACCAUGCACAAGCGAGAAGCGAGAAAUCUCGCUGGCGAGAGCGAAUUUCUGGUUCUCGCACAUAUCUGACAGGGUUUGAUAUUUCUCGCGUCUCGCCAGUUCUCGCUGAACAGUGCGCAUGCGCCUUCGAAAAGGAGUACAAAAUGGCUUCUUCCAGUGACCAACACAGCGUAGCAGCUAUAAAAGAAAAACUAAUAAAUAAUGUAUAUUUACACCCGGAAAUAUGGGAUAAACGUCUUCCCGAUCACAGGAAUCGCAAUAUCAUACACACAAAAUGGAAUGAAAUAGCUGAAGCGACUCAAUUAGACGUAUCCAAAUGCAAGAAGUUGUGGAAGAAUCUCUGCGAUCAGUUCAGAGCUAUCCACAACAGCUUGCCGAGAAGCGGAAGUGGCUUAGAAGCCACAAAGCCAAAAUGGAUAUUCUAUCCACAAUUACAGUUUUUAGCUGAUGUGGUAGAAGCUAGAGUAACACAUUCAAAUGUUGUAGAAAAUGAAACAAAUGAAAAUAUACAACUAACUGCAUCAGAAGUAUGUAUUACUUUUGUAUUUUUGUAA